AUGACCCCCACACGCUCUUUCCCGUUCCCUCCUGGGCUGGCCCUCCCUUCUUCGCCCGUCGUCCGCGCCAGUAGUAUCACUUCCCCCACACUACCACGCCCGCCACGCAAGCGUGCGCUACUUAUCGGCAUUCAGGCCGACCUCGGGCCCGGCUAUCCGCGCCUGAGGGCCGCGCAUUCCGACGUCCACAAGACUCGAAGUCUCUUGCUUGAUUGCUAUGGGUACGCGCCGGCGGAUAUAACCGUUCUUCUCGACGAUGGUGUGGUCGGGCACGUGCAGCCGCUUGCUGUGAACGUGCUCGCAGCUAUAGACUAUCUCGUCAAAGAUGUUCGCGCCGGCGACCGUCUUUUCUUUUACUACUCUGGUCACUCGACGCAGGAGCCGAAUGACACGCGCACAGAGGAAGAUGGGAUGGAUGAAUUUAUCGUACCGCUCGACGGGCUGGAUCAUAAGAUUAAGGAUGAUGAUCUCCAUCGUAGCCUUGUUGCGCCACUUCCUGCCGGUUCACAUCUUGUUGCCUUGCUUGAUACAUGUCAUUCGGGUUCGCUGCUUGACUUGACGCAUUUCCGCUGCAACCGCGUCUACGUUCCGUGGAGGUGGCGAAGAAAGCAUGACAGUGCGGAUGUUGGCCGCCGGUACGCCGCUGCGCGCAAUAACGCGAUGCUACCGCGCAACUCUACGGCGGCCUCUCCGGGCUCUCCCACGUCUUACGCCAAGAAAAGAAGAUCAGCGACAGAGGGAGAGGGCCAGGUAUUCCGCCUCGGCGAAAAGGUUCUAUUCUGCGACAGCCCCAGUUCUGAAUUUUGUACGGGCUGGUGCCGCGACAAGAAGCGCGGGCCGUGGGAUUACAGUGCAGGCCUCGUCCAUGCGGACGUUAUCUCGCUGGCAGCUGCGAAGGACUCCCAGCAGGCGUGGGAGGGGAAAGGGGCGGUCAGUCUGACGUCGUGUCUGGUGGACUUGUUGCGGGAAAACCAGGACGUUACGCUGGAGGAAGUCCUGCGUUCGGCGAGCUUUGCGGCAUAUAAAAUGUCUCUCGGCCGGCAUAACGACGCGCACGGACGGAGAACGUUCCUGAAGGCCUCGCAGAAGAAGCUUGCGGAUUGGUGCAAGGCACUUGAUCCGACAAAUCUCAAGUGCGCUAGGGCGUGUCGCGCAAUCCUGGCGCUUGUGCCCCUGGUUCGCGAGCAGCGCAAGCAGGGCCGCGGGGAUAUGGACUCCUUCCAGAACCCAGAGAUGGCGAGCGCCGCGCCGCUGGAUAUGCAGCGCAAGUGGGUUAUGUAG